UCUGUUCGUCUUCGUUUCGUUUGCUGUCGUGUUGUCAACUAUGCUUGAGUUUCGUUCUACUGUGGAAUUAGUGUAUUUUGCAUGUUUUGCUGUGGUUGGUGUUCUUGUGUGUUGAUGCAUAGUGCCGAGUGACCGAUUGAUUUAUUUGGGAGUGAAUCAGUGAUUUUACUUCUUCCUAUCUUUGGAUGCUCUUGGGUUUCUGAUUUCAAGGUUAUAAACAGUAUCUACAAUUUUCUUCGUGGUCACGGUUUAAGAGGAAAAGCCUUUGUCAAACAGAACAUUGAAGGAUGCAUAAAAUGCAUGCACAUUAGCAUAUAAUGCUUUGAUGGACGAUUCUAGUAAUAAAGCUGGAACUCGCUGCCAGGUUGGUGAUCGGUCGACCAGUGAUGUUGUCGUGAGGCUUAGAACAAAAGAUGGUCGAGAUGAAUGGUUAUACUGUCACUCCCAUAUCCUGACUCAACAGAGCAAGUAUUUUGCCGAUCGCCUUUCUGAGAAAUGGCCAACAUGCCAGAUUCUUGACUCAAGAAACUGUGUUGAGGUUUUUUGUCUAGAAUCAAACUUUGAUCACCAUGUAAAUCUUCUACGCCUUCUCUAUGUCAUUAUGGAUAUCCCAGCAGAUGACUUAUGGAAUGAUGUUCGAACGGUUCUCGGCAUCCUCGGUGUGGCAUUUGAGCUUGAGUGCAAAAACAUUAUUAGUGCUUGUGUGAAUUACUUGGAAGCAGUACCAUGGGAGGAAGACGAGGAGGAGGAAAUUCUGAAGGUGAUACCUCAUAUGGGACCAGAAGCCAAGCCAAUUCUUGCUCGUCUCCAACCAGUCAAUCCAUUUCUUGUUAGACAGAUAUUUCUUUCCGCCCUUCGAUUGGCUACAUCAUCCCCCUUCUCUAACAUGCAUGAUCUCAAGCCCUCGGCCCAGGAACAAAUUGAGUACAUGCUAACUGAUGACGAUGACGCUCCGUUAUUGAUGGCUGAUGCCGAACUAAAACUAGAGGUAAAUGAUUGUGUGAAGAGCCUACUAAAAUAUUUUAACAAUCUUAUAGAAAUAGUACUUGAUCCUUUACACUCUGAUGGGAAGGAGAGGAACAUGCAGGUUUUAGUUUUUUGUUUGACAGAUUUAUCUUGGGCAUGUCGGAUUCUAAAAAAGUUAGAAACUAUGAAGGAGUUUGUCUCCAAUUGGAUUGAUGCAUCAAAUAAGAUAGUCAAGAUGGUUGAGCAAGCGAGUGUAGCAUCAGAAGUCAUUGAUACAAGGAUAGGGAUUAUAGAAGUGGUAGCAAAGGUUUUAGAGGCAAUCAAACAUGGCUCGGUGAUUCUCCCGACCCCAAAACGGGUUCACAUGGUGAAGGUUUGGCUUCCUUUCGUGCGGACCACCAAAUCCUUGAUCGAUAGUCUUGCUAACAACGGUGUCGAUGAUCUGAAACUCAAGAUCGACGCUGAUGUGUGGGAGUUGUUAGAGUCAGCAUUCGUCUCGGUCAUCCUCGCAUUGCCAUCAGGAGAGCAGGCAGAGAUUAUAACUGAAUGGUUGCAGAACCAACAUGUUAUACGUUAUCCAGAUCUAACAGAGGCGUUUGAAGUAUGGUGUUAUAGGUCGAAAGUGGCAAAGAGAAGGCUAUCCCUGGUAGGGGACAACCACGGUGCAGCAGCGACGAGCUAAGCUUCCAGCCCUCAGCUCGAACUCGAAUGGUUUUGUAAUUGUAUUGUGAAUUGUCAUUCAACUCAUAAUUGUAAGAGCAUGGGUUGGAAGCAUUGUUUUGUGGAGGUUUUCUGGUUUUGCCUCCUCUUGUUUCAUCGUAAAAUUUUAGUCAUAGUUAAACUGGAGGCAUGUGCAUUUGUCAGAUUGAAAAAGAAAAAAAGUGGAAAAAAAGUAGCAGAAGAUUUCAGUUUCAUACAA